UAUCCACUAUGUGAUUUGGUUGAGCGUUGUCAGUGAAUGGUUAAUCUCAGAUGGAGUGUAAUUGUUGUCUUUGAUGGGUUCUGAUGUUUAAUGACGCCUUGGUCGCUUGUGCGUCAGUGGCCGGGGGUGUGCUGGAUUAUAAAAGGGUUGGGGAUCAGCAGAGCCAGGCAGAGACUCCUUCGUCGAGGUGCAUUGAGAAGAUCUCGACCAGACUCCACUUCGGUCCAUUACCAAGAGUCAGCAUGCAGUUGCUGGGAAUGGCAAGCCUCCUGUCUGUGCUGCUUGUGGCAUCAAGUGUAAAGGCAGCAGCACCUCUGGAAGACAUGCUGAGUCUUCGGUUGAAUCAGGAUCUGAACAAGGAGAGGAACGAGGUUAUCGUGAAGCUCUUAUCCGGACUGCUAGACUCCGGCAGCAAUCAGAUGGGGAUUGAGAGCACCAUCCCGAACCCCGAGGACAUGGAGGAGGAGAAACUGGAGCAGAGGUCCCCCGUCAAUAAGUUGCCCAAGAGAGAGCGCAAAACCGCCUGCAAGAGUUUCUUUUGGAAGACGUUCACCAACUGCUGACGCCGCCGCCGCAUUAAAACUCCCCUCAAUGGAAUUGAUUUAGCGCUUUAGGUUUUAUUCGCCUGUGGGGUAAAAACAAUUUUUAUUUUGCACAAAAAAAGCAUGAUUGUGCAAUUUUCAAAUGAUGCCUC